GCCGGUCGCUACGCAUGCGCAAAAGCCGGUGUCCGGUGUCAGCAGCUGUUGAGUCCAUGAACGGACCGAGACACUCAAUGACCGCGUGCACCCGCUACAGCCGAUGCUGACCCGGUACACGGCCGGUACACAACCGGUACUGAUUCAAUAUUGACCCGGCACAGAGCGGCACCGAGCCGGGCCGGACCCUGAAGGUAGAGCCGCUGCAGCUGGAGCUAGCAGCUAGCAGCCUGUCAGCUGUUAACGGAGCUAACGGUACUAACGGCGGUAACGGUGCCUCCCGCUGACCCGGGUCACUGUCUGGAUCGUCGGAACCUCCUCCAGCCGGGCUGUCUCCGGGGUUCGGCAGCUGGUUCUGGUGAAGCUCCGGCGGAUACAGAAGGCUGCAGAACCGGCAGAGCUCUGCUAGCCGGGCAGGGAGAGUCUCUUCGACCCGGUUCGGUAGGAGGACCGGGAACCGACAUGUUGAUAGCAACAGUCGGCUCUGGACCCGGAAACUCUGCUACCUCCGGAAAGAAACACCGGCGAAGAGGCAAGAAGCACCGGAGAGUCCGAGUAGACGAGAACCAGCUUGAUGACAUCUGUGACCUCCAGAGUUUGAACGCUGAUGGCAACCUGCCCCCAACACCUCCACAGAGUUACCCCCAACCCCCCCAAACACCUCCACAGAGUUACCCCCAACCCCCCAAACACCUCCACAGAGUUACCCCCAACCCCCCCAAACACCUCCACAGAGUUACCCCCAACCACCCCAAACACCUCCACAGAGUUACCCUCAGACUGCCCAUCUGCCCCAGAGCAAUCUAGAAACCAGCCGUGCACCAGGAUACCCACCAACAUUUCCAGAUGACCCCAGUGAACCCACCCCGUCACCCAUCGAAACUACCCCGUUGCCCCCUCAGAUUGCCCCCAGAACCCCGUCACCCAUCGAACCUACCCCAUUGCCCCCUCAGAUUGCCCCCAGAACCCCAUCUCCAUCCCCCCAGCACACCCCACCCACUGCAGAUACAUUAAGCCUACCUGUAGCUCCGCCUCCUCCUGAAAACACCCUCCAAACCACACCCACCACACUAAGCCCCACCCACAGUUACAGUCAAUCACCACCAACUGUUAGCCAAAAAAUUACCCAGAAUUCUUUGAGAUCACCUCAUAGGACUCUUUUCAAAUCACCUCCAGCCUCACCUCACAGCGUUACCCACAAUGCCUCUGACUCCACAUCAGUAUUGUUCAAAGCUCCUCCCACCCCUCCGUUAAGCCCCGCCUACCCGGACCCCUUCCUGCUGACCUCAGUGACCUUUACUUCCUCCCACCUCUACUCGCCCCUGUGUACCUCCCCCGCCUCCUUCCUGCGAUCCCUUGACCCUCUGGGCCCUCCCAUUGGUCUGCCUCCUGUGAUGUCAUCAGCCACCCAACAAUUGGCCACGCCCCCUCCACCACUGAGCCCGCCCCCCACUGAGUUCACUCCGCCUCCUGCUCAGCUGCUGGGCUCCGAUGACGAGGAGCAGGAGGACCCGUCAGACUACUGCAAAGGCGGUUACUACCCGGUGAAGAUUGGUGACCUGUUCAACGGGAGGUACCACGUGGUCAGGAAGCUGGGCUGGGGACACUUCUCCACCGUGUGGCUCUGCUGGGACCUGCAGAAGAAGCGUUUCGUGGCGCUGAAGGUGGUGAAGAGCGCUCCUCAUUACACCGAGACGGCGCUGGAUGAGAUUAAACUGCUGCGAUGUGUGAGAGACAGUGACCCCUCUGACCCCUAUAGGGAAACCAUCGUCCAACUCAUUGACGACUUCAAAAUCUCAGGAGUCAAUGGAGUGCAUGUUUGCAUGGUUCUGGAGGUUUUGGGUCAUCAGUUGUUAAAGUGGAUCAUCAAGUCAAACUACAUGGGGCUUCCUCUGGUGUGUGUGAAGACCAUCAUCAGACAGGUGCUGCAGGGACUAGACUACCUCCACACCAAGUGUAAGAUCAUCCACACCGACAUCAAACCAGAGAACAUCCUGUUGGACGCUGAUGAGGUUUACAUCAGAAGAUUGGCAGCUGAAGCCACCAACUGGCAGAGAGCCGGAGCCCCGCCCCCGUCUGGGUCAUCAGUUAGCACGGCUCCCAGGGAUCUCCAGGUUGGAAAGUUGUCUAAAAACAAGAAGAAGAAGUUGAAGAGAAAAGCAAAACGUCAACAGAGACUGUUGGAGGAGAGACUGAUGGAUAUACAGAGGAUGGAAGAGGAGGACGGACUGCAGCAACCUGAAGACACAGACAAUACCUUUGUCAACGGCAACACUUCCUGCUCCACAGCCAAUAGCAAAGCCAGCCCAGAGUCUUGUAGCUCCUGGUUGGAGGACAGGUGUAACGGCCACGCCGCCGGACGGUUCUCCAGCCCCGCCUCCGGCCUUUCAGGGUUCUCCAGCUCUGUGAUGUCAGCAACUUCUGAGUCUGCACUUUCUGCUCAGUCUGGAUACUCGAGUGGACGAGACGCAUUCAGCUCCUCAGACUUCGUUCUCAGUCCUCUAGAUCCUCAGAACGCCGACCAGCUGAGAGUGAAGAUCGCUGAUCUGGGAAACGCCUGCUGGGUGCACAAACACUUCACAGAGGACAUCCAGACCCGACAGUACCGAGCACUAGAGGUUCUGAUCGGAGCAGAAUACGGACCUCCGGCUGACAUCUGGAGCACUGCCUGCAUGGCCUUUGAACUGGCGACAGGAGAUUAUCUGUUUGAACCUCAUUCAGGAGAAGACUACACCAGAGACGAAGAUCACAUCGCUCACAUCAUCGAGCUGCUUGGACCCAUUCCUCUGCCCUUCGCUCUGUCUGGAAGGUACUCCAGAGAGUACUUCAACAGGAGAGGUGAGCUGCGUCACAUCUCCAGCCUGAAGCCGUGGGGUUUGUUCGAGGUUCUGUUGGAGAAAUAUGAGUGGCCUCUGGACCAGGCGGCUCAGUUCAGCGACUUCCUGCUGACCAUGUUGGACCUGCAGCCCGACCGCAGGGCGACAGCAGCGCAGUGUCUGCAGCACGCAUGGCUGCACUCUUAGACACUUCCUGUCUGACUCAUGGAGGAGGGAAACCAUCACCUCCACUGAUACGCACAACACCUGGCUGGAUGGUCCAUCAGCUGAUCAGCUGAUUGGCUGAUGAUCUCUGAGGCUGAAUCCAAACUGGUCUGAGGUCAGCUUUGUAGCUCCACAGGUAGCAUGUUAGCUACAGGUUAACUGGGACUAACAGGCAGGUAGAAACACACCUGGACACACACACCUGGAUACACACCUGGCAGCUCCAUGUUCUGUUUUUCAAUCUGGUGUUUUCACAUCUGAUCUUCAGAUUAUUGAGUCUAAAGCCGGAGUUUAAACCUGCUCCAUCUCCAUGGUAACCGAUGCUGUGGAGGUAGGUCUCCAUGGUAACUGAUCGUUGAUCCAGUUAACUUAAAGUCCGGAUAGGUUAAACCUGCUAAACAGUGCUGGUUCCUCAGGUGUUCCUCAGGUCCAGUUAGAUCCCUGAUGUUUCUGAUCAGACGCACUGAUCUGAUGUGUGAUUGGUCCAGGAGCCUGUAGUAUUUUUAGAUGUUGUAUGUUCAAUCUGAACAUGUUCUGCAGCAGAUACACGCCAGACCUUCAGGUUAAAGCUUCUGUUGAAAAUGAUUUAGAGUUUAAAGAACUUGUUUGGAUUCUGCCUCAGUCUCGUCCUCAACACGCUACAGCUGGUUAGUGGCAUGUUGUCCUCAACACGCUACACGCUACAGCUGGUUAGUGGCAUGUUGUCCUGAACACGCUACACGCUACAGCUGGUUAGUGGCAUGUUGUCCUCAACAGGCUACAGCUGGUUAGUGGCGUGUUGUCCUGAACACGCUACAGCUGGUUAGUGGCGUGUUGUCCUGAACACGCUACACGCUACAGCUGGUUAGUGGCGUGUUGUCCUCAACACGCUACAGCUGGUUAGUGGCAUGUUGUCCUCAACACGCUACAGCUGGUUAGUGGCAUGUUGUCCUCAACACGCUACAGCUGGUUAGUGGCAUGUUGUCCUCAACACGCUACACGCUACAGCUGGUUAGUGGCAUGUUGUCCUCAACACGCUACACGCUACAGCUGGUUAGUGGCAUGUUGUCCUCAACACGCUACACGCUACAGCUGGUUAGUGGCAUGUUGUCCUCAACACGCUACACGCUACAGCUGGUUAGUGGCAUGUUGUCCUCAACACGCUACACGCUACAGCUGGUUAGUGGCAUGUUGUCCUCAACAGGCUACAGCUGGUUAGUGGCGUGUUGUCCUCAACACGCUACACGCUACAGCUGGUUAGUGGCAUGUUGUCCUCAACACGCUACACGCUACAGCUGGUUAGUGGCAUGUUGUCCUCAACAGGCUACAGCUGGUUAGUGGCGUGUUGUCCUGAACACGCUACAGCUGGUUAGUGGCGUGUUGUCCUCAACACGCUACACGCUACAGCUGGUUAGUGGCGUGUUGUCCUCAACACGCUACACGCUACAGCUGGUUAGUGGCAUGUUGUCCUCAACAGGCUACAGCUGGUUAGUGGCGUGUUGUCCUGAACACGCUACAGCUGGUUAGUGGCGUGUUGUCCUGAACACGCUACACGCUACAGCUGGUUAGUGGCGUGUUGUCCUCAACACGCUACAGCUGGUUAGUGGCGUGUUGUCCUCAACACGCUACAGCUGGUUAGUGGCGUGUUGUCCUCAACACGCUACACGCUACAGCUGGAGUUUAGUUUCCCUCCUGCAGGAAUCACGUUUUCUUAUUUUUGGAUAUUCUUCUGUUGGUUUUUAUUGUUUGCCUGUCUGUCGUCUCCUGCUGCUCCUGAGAGACGACUGAUUAUUGAUUAUUGAUCCCAGACUCUUGAACCUCUCUGAUGAACAUGAGUUUUAUUAGGAACAAGCACACUGUAGCUUCCUGUCACUGUGUUACUGAGGACGGCGUUAUUGAUGUGUGUAGCUGAACCUGAGUCGUCCUCGGCUUCCUGUUCACCUGCUCUCACCUGUCUCUAUGUUCAUAAAAUAAACAGUGCCUUGAAACAGCCCUGACCCCGCCCCCUCCUCCCUGUCAGUGACAUCACAGUGAUGUAAAAGGUUUUUCUACAUGAGUCUGUGUGGACUGUUGUUCUGUGAAAAUAAAGACGACUGAACGCUG